AUGGCCGCCCUAAGUCUCGCUUUGGCUGCGCCCACGAGACGAGGCUUCGACCUGAACAUUAAUAACCUUUUGCGCUUGGCCACCAACUCCUUUGCCGAUAAGCAAAUCGGCGAGGCUUUUCACAACGAUGUACUGGUAGGAAGCCGACCGGCUCCGCCUAGGGGUGCCUCCCCCAGCCCGUUAUUUGUUACCAUAAAUGAGUAUGCCAAGAGGUUGCAGAACUUUAUAACCAAGGGCCAAGAUGAAACGGCCGCCAACACUAUACUCAAGCUGGCCAACUCGUCCAACGACCCGAACUAUCCCAUCGAUACCGGCUAUCUCGACAGUUUUCUGGAGCGGGUUGUCGCCAAGGUUGAUGGAAGGUGA